AUGCCAAAUUCUCCAAAUAAAAUUUACGACUCGCUACUUGUCAUUCGUCGAGUUGCUGUGAAGAAAAUGGAAGAAUCCACUUCCGAACUCCGAAAACUUGUAGAAGACAUGAGGGCAAAGCACCUCGUCACUUUCAAGGAGGUCGACAGGGUGGAGCUCAUGGGAAAAUACGAGGCCGACGCAAAGGAGUGGAUCGAAAAAUCGACCAAACAAAAAUUGAUCCCCUCUGAAUUUACAUCCAAGACGGGGCUAAUCAUCGAAGUCGAGAUACCCGGUAUGGAAAUGUACCCGACAAAACACGACUUCCCUAAAGGAUUAUCCUCGCUUCGACCUUUCUACAGUACCAUCUUCAGGAAUUUUUGGAGCCACGAGUCUUUGUCGAUAAAAUUCUAUGCAACAAAGAAAGAAGAUAUUCGGAAGUUGCUAAAUAUUCUCAGCUCUCCACCGUGGGAGACAGCAUCUCUGUGGGGCGGCGGUCGGUUCGGUUUCUACAAUGAAAGUGACUUCCCAGCAGAGAAAGACGUCUACGCUUGGGCAAAUGCAUAUCCGAUACUGGCCUUUUACGGUUUUGGCAAAGGUAUCAACUUCACGGCUCUCGUCUUGAAGAAUUUACAGAAAUGGCUAGACGGGGCUGAAAUCACCCACAGUUUUGCCCAAUUCCACGAUGGACCCUGGAAUUUCCCCUUCAUCGGCAAGAAGCAAGAAGCUUUCGAGAAGAAGUACAACGUCCGGAUCGUUAUGUAUGAAAAUUCGAGCGCAAGGUUGUUUUGCCUAUUC